UCUUUUCGUUUAUUUUGAUUGCCACGGGAAAAACCAAACAUCUAGUAGACAUAAACAAGUGGAUCGUCGUGAACAUUAUUUUCCCUUCUCGAACAAAAGCGAUUGGAGUGGAAUUCCAAACAGUGGCCAUCAAUCGAUCUGUGCAUGCGCAAAAUCGUUUGCGUCGAACCAACGACGACGACGGUUUCCUAUGUGACUUUCCGUCUGUUGCUGCAUUCCACAUUCCUUUUCCCUUGUGCCAACGGUCGCCACGAUAACACAUCCGAAAUUAUGUGUUGACCAUUGUUCUGCGCUAAAGGGCGUAAGAUAGCAAUCGAAGGGCAAAAAGAAAAGUGAAGGAUUAACAAACGCACACACACUCUUGGACCAAAUCCUACAUCCUCAGAAUGAAUCGGGAGGAGAACCUAUGCUGGUUCCAUGGCAAGAUAUCGCGCGAAGACGCAGAGGACAUCCUAAGGCGCGAGGGCAGUGAUGGGGUGUUUCUGGUGCGCGAAAGCUCCUCCUCCGAGGGUGACUAUGUGCUGUCGGUGCUAUUCAUGGGUGAGGUGGUGCACUAUGCUAUCCGGCGCCACGGGGACGACGCGUUCUUCUCUAUCCACGAUCACACACCGAUCCACGGUCUCGACUCGCUGAUCGAGCACUAUCAGAAGGAGAAGGGCAACCUGGUGACGCGGUUGCAGGUGAUCUGCCGGAACGAACCACCACCGCACGAUGUCCGCAGCCAUGGUACGACCAACCUGUUGCACCGGGCGACAAAGGAGAGCAAUUAUACCGUCGUCUCGGAGUUGCUGAAGUGUGGGUAUAGAAACAUUGACUCCAAAAAUCAGGACGGCCAGACGGCGGUUCAUCUGGCGUGCCUGCAUGCGGACGAUAAGAUCCUUCAGAAGUUGAUCGAACGGGGUGCGAACAUCAACAGCCGCGAUGCAAAAGGCAACACGCCACUUCAUUACGCAUGCGCCAAACGGAACGGGCUAGAAAUGGUACGGAUGUUGGUGAGCGCGUCCGCUAAUCUACAGGCACGCAACAGCGAUACAGGCUGGGUACCUUUGCACGAAGCGGCAAACAACGGGAAUCUGGAAACGAUCAAAGAAAUGUUGCGCCACCAUGUCCCACACCGGCCGCGAUCAAACUUUGGCGAAAUGCCGUCCGACCUGGCGCGUCACCGUGGCCAUUAUCAGGUGGUGGAGUACCUCAAUCAGUAUAAUCCACGGGAUCCCAUCACACGCCGGGAGCACUGGUACCACGGAACGUUGGAGCGCAUGGCGGCCGUCGACAGUCUCAAAGCGCACAGCAAGACCAAGCGAGGGCAGCAGCACAACAAGGAGAACAGCGGGCCGGCGGAGAACGGUGCGGAAUCCAGCUCCGGUACGUACCUGGUGCGCUACUCGGCCAAACAGAACGUGGACGUGCUGACGAUGUUAUACGACGACGAGCCAAAGCAUUUCAUAAUCCAGCGUCAACAGGAUUGGCUGUACAUUGACGAGGGUCCGUUUAUGAACUCGCUCGAACACCUGAUCGAGCACUACACCCGGUUUUCCGAUGGGCUGCCGGUUAACUUGCGCCACCCGGUACCGCCUGGUCCGAAGCCACCCAUUCCCACGUUCGCCACCAUACCGAAGUCGAAGCAUCGAAUAAAUCGAGCCGCAACGGAAGGGGGCGCUCCUGGAUCAUCCUCGUCCUCGUUCCUUUCAUCGCUCGUCGGUUCGAACGGGGUCGGAACUUCUUCCAGUACACUCACGAGCAUGUUUCGCAAAUCGAGCGAAAGUGCCACACUACAACCGGCAAAGGGUGGCGGACCUAACAGCGGACUGCCUGGUGCUCCGAUGCGGAAUCUUUCCGUGCCGAACGAUGCGAUGAUGCAGAUGAAUCGGGUCGGAUUGUUCGAGCGCAGCCCGGAACGGCCACCGAACAGAAGCCCCAAAGGAGGACGCGGAGAAGUCGACGAACAAAAGUCGACGGCGACGCUGAAGAAAACGUUCAUGGAAGGCAUGCGAAGUCUGCGCAAAAGCAAGCAAAAACCGAAAACACCUUCCGGUGGUGAUCCUACCGAUGCGAACGGACGCGUGUCAUCGGGUAGCACCGGUGAUCAUUCAAUUAAUUCGGUUGGGCUUGGUUUGCCGCCUACAACAGCCUCGCCCUCGUCCUCCUCCAUCGAACCCACCGUAAGUCCGUCGAAGUUGCUGCAGCAGUUGAAGUUUUCUUCCGACUUUAACCUGGUGGCCAGCUGUGCCGCGGCCGAUGAUAUCUACAAAAUUCCGACCAACAACUGUGCCAUCGUGGACAUUGACAUCGGUGAACCGCCGGUCACCGGCGUCGCUCCAGUACCAAUCUCUCCCCCGGUGCUCAGUUCUUCGACAUACCCGGCGGAUGUUCCGCCCACCGAUGACGCUCCACCGGCCAUUCCUCCGAAGCUGUCCAACACUUCGCUCGAUAGUGUCAACAAUAACGUCCACGAUACUACACCGGCCAGUAGCACCGACUACUUCACUCAAAGCGAUGAUCCGGUUCACUCCAACCGAAUGCCGGACGAGGAAAGCGAAGACAUCUACUUCGUGGAGGUACCGAUUCCACCCCCGCUGUCGUUGCUUCCUACGCGUCCACCACUUGUGGGGGCGGAGGGACCUGCACCAGUGUCGAGUAAUAACAACGACGAAGGAGCGGGGCCACCACCCGCGAUUAAGCCCGCCCCAACGAACUACGUCAUGACACGGAACGUGCCGAUCUUUAGCAGCGUCUCGGUGGAAGAGUGUCAAUCACCGACCUCCCCGACGAACGGUGGCGCCCUACGGGCGAGCCGGUUAUUCGAGCGGCUCGAUUCGACCCAAUCUGCAUUCAGCAGGGCGAGCGUACUGUCCGGUGAGAGUGUCUUCUUCUCCAUGUUUCAACAGAACGAACGGGCCUCCCAGGUGGACGGUCCGAACUAUUUCAUCCCGAAGGAGUGCAUCCACCCGGAGGUUACGCUGGGACGGGGUGAGUUCGGGUACGUGUACCAGGGCUACCUGGAACCGUGGCCAGUGGAAACGACGGCGGGCAGCAGCAACGGUUCCGUUAGUCCUCCGAUCAAAAUGCUCGGCAUGGGUCGGCUUCCAGUGGCGAUCAAGAAGGUGCUGGACAAUCAGGAACGCCGCGAGCGGACGGAUUUUCUGCGCGAAGCGAGCGUCAUGAUACGGCUGCGGCAUCACUGCAUCGUGCGUCUCAUCGGUAUCUGCAAGGGUCCACCGUUGAUUAUGGUGCAGGAACUGAUCCCGCUCGGUUCGAUGCUCGUGUACAUCACGAAGCACAAGGCCACGAUCGUUCCGCACCAGGAGAUGAUGAUCUGGGCGGCACAAAUUGCCAGCGGCAUGCAGUACCUGGAGGAGCAACAUUUCGUGCACCGGGAUCUGGCGGCCCGCAAUAUCCUGCUCGCGAACAAGUACCAAGCCAAAAUAUCCGACUUUGGGCUGUCGCGAGCCAUCGGUGCCGGGCAGGAGUACUACCGUGCUAGUCAGGGCGGCAAGUGGCCCAUCAAAUGGUAUGCACCGGAAAGCUUCAACUACGGUACGUUCUCGCACGCCAGCGACGUGUGGUCGUUCGGAGUGACGCUGUGGGAGAUGUUCUCGUACGGCGCCCCACCCUAUCACGACAUGAAGGGCGUCGACGUGAUCACGCUAAUCGAGGCGGGCCAGCGGCUGGCCAAGCCGGACGCCUGCCCGGACAAGGUGUUCGCGGUAAUGCGCAACUGCUGGCAGUACAACCCGAAGCAGCGACCGACCUUCAAGUUCCUGCAUCGGUUCUUCUCCGAUGACAUCGCGUACCAGAACCUGCAGGAGCUGGUCGGAGCGGGCACAGAAAUCAACGCCAACAGUGCGACCAUUUCGUCAUCUCCGCCGAACAACGUCGGCGCCAUUACCGGAGGCGGGGACAAUGUGGCUGCCAUCACCCCGUCGACGGUGUAGGAAAGGCGAACCCCCAAACCAUUGCCCGGCUUAUUAUGGCUCUUCCAAAGGUGAUAAAAGUGACUUCCCAGGAGUGUGUAUAUGUACGUAUACGUUUUAUAAUUAACGUUUGUGCAAGUAUUAUGAGGUGGAAACACAUUGCGUUUCCACUUUCAUUUUAUUCUAUUUUUACGCCUUCCCCUCCCUUGGUUGUGUUAUAAUUUUACUACAAUUUAGUUAUUUAUCAACAUUUAUUUAUGCUUUUCUCAUCAUCUUUUCGAUGCUUUUUUAUAUUUUUGAUUUACUUUUCAUGGGUUUUGUUUUAUAAAAAUAUAAUUUAAAAAUAUUGUGUUUCCAGUUGCAUGAUUCAGUUUAUUUUGCACUCUUCGCUUCAAAAAGUUUCCAAGAUACAGAAUGAUAAAAUUGUCAAGUACUACAAAAUAAUAGUAUUUAUUUAGCAAGGAUCAUAGAAAACGACACUUCCACAAGCGAAUUUAAAUCGAAACGGAAUUCUUUUCAUGCAUUUUUUGUUUACAAUAUUUGAACGGGCAACCAUCCUGCAAGUAUUCUUUGUUAAUGUGUUUCGUUCUAUCGAAGUGUCAUAAAGUUUCGCAUGCCAUUUGAAACAACGGAAUGUAUAAUAAGAAACAAAACGUGCCACCAAAAUCGAAUAAAUUCCUUUGAUGGGUCGAUCACGUGGUUUUAUAAUGUAUGUUUCAUCGACGUCUCACGCUAGUCCAUAAAGGAGAUCCAGCCCAGGCCGUCGGAUGACUUGUGGCCAUCUCAAUGCCAAGCAAUUGUUUUUCUAAACCGGAUGCAAUUUACCUUUCGUUUAUGCGUGGCAUAUUUACAGACAGCAGAGAAUAUGCAGAUAGUAAAAAUUAUUAAAAAGAAGAACCCUUGAAUAAAUGGAAUUUAUUUUAUGUAAAAAGGUGCAGUAAAACAUAAGAAAGUCCCGAUUGUGUGCGCCGCUGGAUUUAGUUUCGUUAAACGUGGGAAGACCCAAAAGAAAACGGCGCACAUCAUUCUUGAUUGUUUGUUAAAAGACAAGAAAACCGUCCAGCUGAUUAAAAGUAUACUCUUUAGUUACAGAAUCAAUUACCCCAUUGAUGCCACACUGAGUUACUUUGGUAUUCCUAUUAUAUUUUCACUUUUUACCAGCAUUUCGGUACCGCCUAUGCAUAAACUACCAUAAGCACAAAACGUAUAAGCUUUAAUGUGGAUGUACCAUUUUCUUUCCUGUUACCGCCCUCUGUUCAACAAGUUCUGGUGCGCCAUGUUUUGCCAUGAAAUGUACGUAAAGUUAGAAAAAUGCACUAGCCGAAUCGAAAUGAUGUGAAAUUUGAUUAAGUGUAGAACGAUAAAACGUUUCAGUGUGUAAAUGAAUGUAAAGUUCCAGCGAUCAUAUACUCCAACGAAUACAUUGAAAUAAAGGAACUACAAAA